CUGAGGCUUUCGGGAAGGCGGCGGCAAGAUGGCGGCCCCCAGGGACUCUCUUGGAGUCGUGGAAGCAGAGGGAAACUCGGGUCGCCGGGGGAGCUCAGGAGUGGAGGUGGUGCUUCCCUCUGAUCCCGCCACCCCCGCCCCACUGUGUCCUCACGGACCCACGCUUCUGUUUGUAAAAGUGAGCCAAGGGAAAGAAGAAGCACGGAGAUUUUAUGCCUGCUCAGCCUGUAGAGAUAGAAAAGACUGUAACUUCUUCCAGUGGGAAGAUGAAAAGUUAUCAGAAGCUAGACUUGCUGCACGUGAAACUCAUAACCGAAAAUGUCAGCCGCCUCUGUCUCGAACACAGUGUGUGGACAGGUACUUGAAGUUCAUUGAGCUGCCCUUAUCUCAGAGAAGGUUCUGUCAAAGAUGUCAGCAGCUGUUGUUGCCAGAUGACCAGGAGAAGCAUCACGGGCAUCAGGUAAUGGGUGACAUUUCUGUCACCCAGUUAAAAAGGCCCAGCCAACUCCUCUAUCCACUGGAGAACAAGAAGACAAAUGCCCAGUAUUUGUUUGCUGACAGGAGCUGUCAGUUCUUGGUAGACCUCCUUUCCACCCUCGGAUUCAGAAGAGUACUGUGUGUUGGAACACCAAGGUUGCAUGAGCUGAUCAGGUUGAAAGCCUCCAGUGACAAGUCUAACAUUAAAAGCCUCCUAUUGGAUAUUGAUUUUCGGUACUCACAGUUUUACAUGGAAGAUAGCUUUUGCCAUUAUAACAUGUUUAACCAUCACUUCUUUGAUGGGACGGCCGCCCUUGACGUGUGCAAAGCAUUUUUACAGGAAGAUAAUGGUGAAGGAGUCAUUAUGGUGACAGAUCCUCCUUUUGGUGGCUUGGUUGAACCUCUGGCUGUUACAUUCAAGAAGAUGAUUGCUAUGUGGAAGGAAGGUCAGAGCCAAGAUGACAGUCACAAAGAACUACCCAUUUUCUGGAUUUUCCCGUAUUUUUUUGAAUCCCGAAUCUGUCAGUUUUUCCCCAGCUUCUGCAUGUUGGACUACCAGGUAGAUUAUGAUAAUCAUGCACUUUAUAAACAUGGAAAGACAGGUCGGAAACAGUCUCCUGUGCGUAUCUUCACUAAUAUUCCACCCAACAAAAUAACCCUGCCUAUGGAAGAGGGGUACAGAUUUUGCCCUCUGUGUCAGCGGUACGUGUCUCUAGAGAACCAGCACUGUGAAUACUGUAAUUCCUGUACAUCCAAGGAUGGUCGGAAAUGGAACCAUUGCUUCCUCUGCAGAAAGUGUGUGAAACCUUCCUGGAUGCAUUGUAGCAACUGCAAUUGCUGUGCUCUCCCGAACCAUUCUUGCCGGAGCCCCAAAGAUGGCUGCUUCAUCUGUGGUGAAUUAGGUCAUAAACGGAGCACUUGUCCUAACAUCUCUGCAUCUCAGAAGACGAACAAAGCUGUUGGGAAGCAGAAGCAAAGGGAAAGUAAUGAGAUGAAAAUGGAGAUGACAAGAGGACAACCCAUGAGUCAUACAUCUGUUAUGAGGAAAGAGAAGAGGAGAGGACGAGCUCAUCAAUAUCUUUGCUCUUAAAUGUCCAGCGACUUGAGAAUAAGAAAGAUUUAUAGUCCAGCCUUCCAUUUUCUGAGAGUGCCACACCGGACCUACGUACUGUCGCUUUCAAACCUUUGCACUUUUCUCAGCUAGUUAGAAGGCAUGUGUGUUAGUUGCUGGUUUUUCGACCCCUCAGUGCCUCUCUGGGGGCUUGUCCCAUCUUAACUGGAUUACUAGUGCGCUCAUGCUCAGUGUGUGUGUGUGUGUGUGUGUGUGUGUGUGUGUCUUGUCUUAGUUUCUUCUGAUCCUAGUAGCUUGACUCCUUUGAUCUGAGAAAUGGGCACACAGCAUUCUUCUGCAGAAAAUGUUAGAAGGAAAUGGAAGUGAAGGGGCUGGGCAGUGGUGCACCCAGUUACCUGCACAUAGUACUAAGUGCAAGGACCUGGGUUUAAGCUCCUGGUCCCCACCUGCAGUGGGUCUCCUUCAUGAGCAGUGAAGCAGGUCUGCAGGUGUCUAGCUUUCUCUCUCCCUCUCUAUUUCUCCCUCCCCACUCAAUUUCUCUGUCCUGUCUAAUAAAAUGGAAAAAAAUGGCUGCCAGGAGUAGUGGAUUCGUAGUGCCGCCAUGAAGCGCCACUGAUAACACUGGAGGCAACAAGUCAAUAAAUACACAAAUAAGUAAAAUAUUAAUAAAAAAAAGAAAAUGAAAGUGAAGACAUAUGGUCGUGUUUACAUUAACAUAAGUAUCUGAAAUUAGUUAAAAUGUUUGUUUGGAGUUAAUCAAAUAUUACUUAAUAGUAGGUAAAGUGAGGCACCAUAUAUAAGUAUUUUCAGACAAGACCUGAAGAUAAUGGGAAGAAUGUUAACAUGGCUGGGGAGACAGCAUCAUGGCUAUACAAAAGACUUUCUUGCAUGCCUGAGGUUCUGAGGACCCAGGUUCAAUCCCCAGUUCCACAUAAACCAGAGCUGAGCAGUACUCUAGUGUCUCUUGCUGUUUCUCUCAUUAAAAAUAUGUUAGUAAAAAAUAUUUGGGUGGGAGUAGGUAGCACAUUUGUAUGCAAAGAAACUCUGAGGCCCAAAGACCCAGGUUCAAUCCCCCCACACCACCAUAAGCCAGAGCUGAGGAGUGCUUUGGUUUAAAAAA